CCCCCAUCUCGCUGUCUCUCUCUCUCCUCUCUCAGCAGGUCAUUCAUCCACUGACCGUGGCCUGGUUUCUUGUCAUCCCAUCCUGUCUCGUUCCCCCCAACCCAUCCUCGCCCAUCCCCAACAACCCGUCGCCGUUCAUAGGGCAUAAGCCUGUUAUUCGCUCGUUUCCAUCAACUUGUUUCCCUCCCUUCGUUUCUUUUGCUUCUACAUCUCCUCUGCCAUCAGUUCCGCUUAGCUGCGGAAUCCAGCCUACUUACUUACUCUCUUGCGCUCAUUCACCCCUGUUUCGAGGAAAAAUCAGUGCAACCGAUUCUCUCGACAGGUUAUACCACGCAACACUCGACUCAACGAGCAGCCUAGCGCAAACACGCAUCUCUCGAUUUGAUAUUGGGCACAUCAACCCUCUCAUCCCGAACAAACGGUGUGGUCCUCCGCCCUCGUAAUUCGAUACAAUGUAUUCCAGGCGCUUAGUGCAAGUUCUAUUCGUGGUCUUGUCUAUCUUGAUCGCAACAAGGGCAUCGUGGUUUCAUCAAAAUAAUGUUGAGGCCCGCCAAGUCUCCAGCGGUACAGAUAACAAUGAUUCUUCCGACGUAACAUCAAGUGACGACACCAGCGUAGCUUCGCCUACUGAUGACUCGUCAACGAUGACUACCUCGACUGAGGAGCCUCCAUCAACUACCACGUCCGACGAGCCCACAACUUCUGAUGAACCCACGACCUCGGACACGCCUACUCCGACUCCCUCGUCUUCGCCAACGUCCGACUCUUCAACAACUACAAGUCAAACCAGCACUGGCCCUAUUACCACGCCACCCACUUCAGAACCUACAUCGUCCGUCCCAAACACAUCUUCUGACGAUGAUACCAAUACCGAUACCGAGACUGAGACUUCUGAUUCUAAAACAACGCCCAAAACCACUGCGAAACCCGUUACCAAGACUUCCACGGUUUACUACACAAGUACCGAUGACAGUGGAGCAACACACGUUGGAAGCUCGGAGGCUGUCGUUGUCUCAACGCCCGGCUUCUCCGGCGACAGUGGAUCUAAAAGUCAAAACUCAGGUAUUAGUCCUAUGCAAAGAAACAUUAUUAUUGGCGUGACGGUUGGUGUUGGUGGUGCCAUCAUCCUCGCCGCCGCUGGUAUUCUAUAUUGGAGACUUCGCAACAAGAGACGCAACCAGGAGGAGAAUGAGGAACUCAUUAGCUACGGUGCUGGCUUUGGUGGCCCUGGAACAGCCGAGAAACCCGAAGGAAGCGGACCCUCCGCCGGCGCUCGCAGCCCUUUCCAGAGCACGCUGGAAACCUAUCACGCUCCUACGCAGACAAACGCUGCCUCCAAUUUCUAAACGCGCUCUCUCAGCUGUUUGUAAAAGUGGUGCAUUUGUUGAUUCCGCAUUUCGUAGCGGUGACUUACUCAACCGGCGUUGGAGUUGGAAGGACUUGUAUGGCACGUUCUAUGCCAGUUAUGUUAUUUGGAUGGCACCCCAUUGGGCUAGCUCAUGGUUAUAAUGCCACCAUAGUGCUAGAUGCGAUGUUGUUCACAGGUUAUGUGUGACAUGGCCUGAAAUGAAGGAUGAGAAGGAGGGGUUGAGGAACUAUGUCGCGGCCGAAGCAUUCGAUCUCGCUAGUUCAAUCUGUGUAUUUGACUAUUUCGGACUCGAAAAACGUCACAUCAGGUUCAAAACCCAACAACAUUCUGUUUGCAAAAUUUGCCAGUAGCACGAAAGAAAACUUUGUAUAAAGCCCUUCUAAUAAUAUACCUUUGAUCUUCAUAAUAUCUGGCUACUUUUAUAACGUAGUACGAUUGUCGCGGACCGUUCUAGUGAGCUCAUAAUUCUGAAGAUCAUAUAUGUGUAUAUGUUG